AAUGUCAAUAGUAAUUUUGUCAUCUAUUUUAAAUAAAAUGAACUGUCUUGAAUAUUACCUGAAAUAUAUAAUAUAGUAAUUUACCUCGGGUCUAAAAUAUAUAUUGUAAUAUGUAUUGUAAAGUCAUCUAAACAGAGAAUAUUAAAACAUGACAAUACUGAGCAAAGUUCUGAGUUUACCCGUUCACUUCCCAUUGGUACGUGGUAUGGUGUCUUACGCCAUAAUCUGGCCGACUUGUAGUAUCGUCCAGGAGUACAUAGCACAUGGGACGACCAUAGAAAACGCGGAUUUCGCCAGGGCGGCGCGUUUUGGUGUUUUCGGUACAAUUUUCUGGCCAACAGUGCAGACUAUAAACUUUUAUUUCGUAUUGGAGAAGAAUAGAAUUGUAUUUGUAAGUGCCGCUAGUUUUGUGUGGACUGUAUAUUUGGCCCAUGUGAAGGCUAUAGAACGGAAGAAAGAAGCAGAAGUAUUGGAUGAAAAGAAAAUUUGA